AUGGCUGACUCCGACGGACAAAAAUUAAAAGAUUGUCUCACGAGCCUCAGUGAUGGACUCCGAACGGAAAUCACACGCACCACUAACCUCGAAAGUACCUUCACUAUUCUACAAGCUAAAGUCACUGAACUUGAACAACAUUUCACCGAUCAAGUAAAGACUCUCUCCACUGCUCAUGAACUUAAAUUUCAACACCUGGAUACUGCAAUUCAGCAGCUGGAUACCCAGAUUAAGGAGUCUCAUCUCUCUGUUUCCACACAAAUAUCCGAACUAACCGCUGAACUUCGUGCCACGCUAACUGCUCUUCGUGCUUCUACCCCUAUCACAUCUCCCUCACCACCUUCCAACCAUUCUGCUUCUUCUCGGCCCUGCUUAAUUCCUUCUUCUCCACACGAACCAUCGAUCACACUUCCUCCUAGAACAACUUUCAUUAUUCAACCACCCACUGUUGCCCCAUUUUUCUCUGGCAAAGCCGACGAAAAACCACGCCCCUUUCUUGUACAACUCCAUCAAUAUACGAACUCCUCCUUUGGGUGGGAUAAGGAAAUACUUUUUCAGAAUAUUGGUCAAUUUCUACGAGGCAAUGCUCUCGAAUGGUACACACAAAUUAUCACUAGUAAUAAUCCCCCUACCCACUGGGACGUCUUUCACACUCUCUUCCUAGAACAAUUUAGUUCCCCGUUACGACUCGCUCAGCUCGAACAAGAGUGGCACAAAUGUAUUCAAAAAUCCGAUGAGUCCAUCAAUGACUUUCUAGUCCGUCUACGUAGUCUCUGGUCUGAACACAAACCACAUGAAAUCGAACGCGACCUUGUUCGACAUCUUUUCACUAAAAUUCGUCCUCAAUUGGUACCUCUUAUCGGUGUUCUUAACGCUCAUACACUCGAGAAUUUUCUCACCCGUGCCCGUGAGGCUGAACUUAUUGAUUUUUCUCGCUCUAAAUAUGCUUCCUCAACUCGCUCUAAUCCUGUCCAUAAUACCCGUUCCAAUAUUGUUUGCUAUAAAUGUAACAUCCCGGGACAUCUGGCAUCCCAAUGUACUCGUUCUCAAUUUCCCCCUUACUCACAUAACUCAAAAAACUACUCCAUCUAUAACAUCCUCCCUUCCUCCCAAUUACUACAAGUCAAUGGUACAUUGGAAGGAUAUCCAACUACAUUCACUAUCGAUACUGGUUCGAAUUUAACCGUAAUUAAUGAACAUGCGUUUCAUCGUAUCAACAAUCGACCAUACCCUCUCAUUCCUAUUAAAUCUUCCUCAGUAUCCGUUCGAUGCGCUAAUGGUCAAUUUUUACGCACACAUAGCCUAUUUCAUUUAAAUAUCUCUUUUUCUAAUAAAUCCUUCCUACAUCCUGUCUAUAUCCUUCCUCAAUUACAACACUUUUGCAUUCUCGGUCUCGAUUUUCUUCGUAAAUAUAAUCUUUAUGUCGGAGGCAAUAAUGAUCAAAUCCUCUUUCCGCCAGAAUCAAACGUCAGUUCGGUAUUAACACCUCCAACGCCACCUCCUUACCACGAUGAUCCAAUUCCCCACCAUCCAUCCAACCUCUCAUGUUACUCUUUAGCUGCUGUAGAGUCACACCAUCUACCAUCUUAUCAUUCUAUGGUUAUCCCUGUUCAACCAACGAAGCCAUUCUCCGAAUUCUCUGACACACAAAUUUAUUCUGUUUCAUCACUUCAUGAAAAUCCCCUCGUCGCUAACGGUCUAAUCUCACCUCAAAAGAUGCUUUGUAUUGAAAUUUCCAAUUUUUCUCACCUGUCUAUCGAUAUUCAUCCCAACCAAAAACUAGCCGUCAUGACACUGGAAGAUGCACACCAAUUACAUAGUCUAGAAAAAAUACCUCAUCAACCUACAACUAGAGAAACACAUAUUCCUGAUUUAUCCUAUUCUGAUCUAGAUAAGAAUCAAAAAGCUCAACUUACCACCCUUAUAAACCGUUUUCCGCAUGUUUUCACAGAACAACCAGGUCGUACACAUAUGGCAAAGCAUACCAUCGAACUUCAGCCAGGAACGCAACCAUCCAACAUGCAGCCAUAUCGUCUUCCUCCAUCUAAAAAAGCAAUAGUAGAUAAACAAUUAGACGAAAUGCUCGAAGCCGGUCAAAUUGCUCCCUCUCGUAGCCCAUGGGCAUCACCAAUCGUUUUAUCCCCAAAAAAGGAUGGGUCACUUCGGUUUUGUGUCGACUACCGAAAAUUAAAUGCUAGUACAAUUCGUACCGCUUAUCCUAUGCCCCGUGUCGACGACACCCUGGACUCACUACGAGCAGCUCAAUAUAUAUCAACUCUGGAUCUCCGAUCCGGCUAUUGGCAAGUUGAAAUUGAUCCCGAUAGUAGAGAUAAAACAGCUUUCAUCACUCAUCGAGGUCUAUAUGAAUUUUUAGUUAUGCCUUUCGGACUUUCUAACGCUCCUGCCACAUUUCAACGGUUAAUGGAUAUUGUUCUAGCCGGAAUUAAAUGGCAAUCCUGUCUUGUUUACAUUGAUGAUAUCAUUGUUUUUUCUCCCACUUUUGAGCAACAUAUCCACGAUUUAUCCACUGUUUUUGAUCGUCUUGCUAAUGCUGGUCUUACACUAAAAGCUUCUAAAUGCGAUUUUUGUCGAAGAGAAUUAAAAUAUCUUGGCCACCUAAUUACUGCUGAUGGCAUUAAGCCAGAUCCCGGUCUCGUAGCCUCCGUUCAGUUGUUUCCACAACCUACAAAAAUAAAAGAUAUUCAAUCAUUCUUAGGUUUAACUGGCUACUACCGUAAAUUUAUCAAGGAUUAUGCAAAAAUGGCAGAACCGUUAAUCUCUCAGCUCCGCUCGCAGAAAAAAUCUAAACGUCCACUAAACCAUAUUGAAUGGUCCGAUAAAUGCACUAAAGCAUUCGAGGAAUUAAAAACAGCCCUAACUCAAGCUCCUAUACUACAGACCCCUAACUUCACUGAACCCUUCAUUCUCGAAAUUGAUGCCUGUGACUACGGUCUAGGCGCUAUCCUUAGUCAAGAGUAUGACAAUCAACUAUUCGUUAUAGCGUACGCUAGUCGCACUCAAACCGCAGCUGAAAGAAAUUAUUUUCCUACAGAAAAAGAAGCCUUAGCUAUAUACUGGGCCACUAAACAUUUUAGACCCUAUCUAGAAGGUACAAUGAUUUAUAUUCGAUCAGACUGUCGAGCUUUACAGUGGCUCCUCGAUACCAAAGAUUCCUCUGGACGCCUCGCUCGAUGGGCAAUCAGUUUAUCUGCAUUUAACAUCGUUGAUAUCAAGUAUAAACCAGGGAAAAUAAAUACAAACUGCGAUACUCUAUCCCGAUACCCCCUUUCCCCACAUCUUACCCUAUUAAAUACUACAUCUUCACCACCAUUGUUGAAUCUUUGGGAUAAUUGUACACUUCUUGACGAUAUUCGCACAGAACAAUACAAUGACGCUCGACUCAAACCCAUUGUUGAUAUAUUAUCCAAUCCUACUCAUCCCCUCCAUCACAAAUUUCAUCCUCCCUUUACUCUCAUUAAUGGCAUCCUCUAUAGAUAUCGCUCUCCGUCAAAUAAUACUCAUCAACGACUCGCUGGAAUGCAACAUCUUUUAGUUAUCCCUAAGUCUUUACAAUCACAGAUUCUAUCUUGGACUCAUGAUCAUCCUACUGCAGGGCAUGGUGGUCGUGAAAAAACUCUCUACCGUCUAACAAAUCGUGUCUAUUGGAACACUAUGCGUCAGGACCUUAUUCAAUAUAUAAGAAGUUGUCCCUCCUGUCAAAAAUAUAAAUAUAUUAACCAGUCACUUAACGCUCCAUUACAAAUGCACAUCGUUCAAGAGCCAUGGCAUACCAUUGGAGUAGACAUCAUGGGACCGUUCCCUGUCACCCAGCGACAGAAACAAUAUUUACUUGUUGUAGUAGAUUAUUUUACACGCUGGGUGGAAUUGUUCCCUCUUAGAACAACCACCUCCUCAGAUAUAGCACAUAUAUUAGUUAAUGAGAUUAUCUGUCGUUGGGGUUGUCCUACUUAUAUUCUUUCCGAUAACGGUCCACAAUUUGUCUCUGAAUUAUUCACUAACAUUUGUUCCUCACUCGGCAUUAGAAAUAAAACCACAUCCAAUUAUCAUCCUCAAACAAAUAUGACUGAAAGAAUGAAUCGUAAUCUUAAGCCAAUGAUAGCACAAUAUGCUCAAGAGAAUGCACACUCUUGGGACCGACAUCUAUCAAAAUUGGCGCUGUCUAUUCGUACAUCCGUCAAUGAAACAACAGGAGAUACACCAGCAUAUCUAAAUUUUGGACGGGAUCCUAAAUUGCCACUUGAUUUACUCAUCACUAACCCUGGCAACAAUGAACCCCUAUUACCAACAUCUAUAUCAACCGAAGUUGACACGUAUAAACAGUAUCUUCGUAAGGAUUUGCUCACAGCUCACCGUAUCGCUCAAGAACACAAUGAAGUUCGUAAAAUGCAACAGAAACAUAAAUAUGAUCAACAUAGUUCUAACCGUUCCUUUAAAGAAGGUCAACUCGUUUGGGUUUCUAUACCUUCAGUGCUGAAACAUGGAAAACUUGAUCCCCUAUACCAAGGACCUUGUCGUAUUGUUCAAGUCCUUAGUCCUUCCUCUUUUAUCAUCCACCGCCUUUCCGAUGGAGUGAAUUUAGGAGCGACCAACAUAGAUCGCCUUAAACUUUUUUACUCGCCGAAUAGGCAACGUGACACGCUUCAAAGAAAUACAAACGGUCCCCAUUCGGUUACACCGCUCCAACCACUAAUGAGUGUUAAUGUGAAUGUCGUCAACAACACGACCGCUCCACACAUUCCUCUUAAUAAUAAUCUCGCCCCUCCUCCUUCUCUCAUUCAUUCACAGAGAUAUCAACGUCCAGUACGUACACGUAAACAACCGAAUCGCUUGAAUUUAUAA